AUGUUGAGCUCCUCGAACUUCGACCUAUCAAAGGAUUCAAGAGUCGAUCAAGACAGUACUUUCAACUUCUACUACUACGCCACCACCUCACUUCCGUUAGGAUACCAAGGAUUCUGGAGAACUUCGACGGAGUUCCGCCAGAAGCUGGCUUUAGGUGAUGCUUUGACUGCAUUCACGAUUUGCGAGUACGACAAGGAUGGUGGUGGGGACAUUGAAGCUGUCUGGCUACGAGACCUGGAUGAGGCAGGCAUCGAUGAGCGUUGCGACGAAGGGGACUGCGAGUCCAUCAGAGAUGCGACGCAGUACAUGUGUGCUUUGGUGAUCCUCAGGUGCUUGAAAGCGCUCAGCGCGGACUCAAAUGCGAUCGGAUUGUGGGAGCGUGCCGUGCGAACUUUGAGUGAGGAGCACGACAACGACGAUGUACGGAGGUGGAUCAAGAGCGAUAGCGACGUAACGUUUUCGCUAUUCGAGUGUGACGACGACGCGGUCGAGUGUGGAAAUAGAUCUGGUGCCUUCUCAAUGGGCGCAUGUCGGAGGGAAGUAUACCCUUGGAACGAUUUUGAAGGAGAUAGGAUGAGCGAUGAAGCACUUGCAGAGAUAAAUGGACAGCUGAAUUUUGCAAGUGAGGGAAUGAUCGAGGCUCGCAAGUCGCUCCUACCGGAUUUGACAGCCGCAGCAGCAGCAGCAGCAAACCCUGGCAACUGCGACCCAGCCCCUGGCGCGGCUGCCCUCAGCAAAGCAGAUCGCAUUUUAGAACCUACAUCCACGUCAAACAAUUACAUCACCACCACGGCCCAACUCGGCCUCUUCGCCGUCAAAGAUCUCCCGCCCGGCACCACAGUCCUCACCGAGCGGUCUCCUCUGACCGCAAUUCGCCCUCACGGCGCCUCCCUCUGCGACGCCUGCGCCGGCGACCUCAAUUCCGACAACACAAAGACCUCAGCAGAAUCCUGUCCUGGCUGCGACAUCCCCUUCUGCAGUCCCGAAUGUCUCUCCAUCGCCGAAUCAUACCACAAGCCCAAUCUCGAUGACGCUUCCACCGAUGAUGGCUACCCACCCGCUUCAUCCCCAUUCUGUUCCGGCAGCCACAGCGAGACGACCGACGCCGCCAAUCUUGGUCGCGCCGAAAGCUCUACCACACCCGAGUGGGAUCUGUACUUCCUUCUGAUUAUCCGCGCCCUUCAGAUGGCGGAGACACAAGACCGUCACCCACUUGAGCUCUUCGAGUGCAAGUACCUCUGGGGCGACUUCAAUGAGGACCACGCCCCGAAACAUCUUGACACAAGCGACUCACCACCGACUCGAGGUCCCGCGCUCAGAAAGACACUCCCGUACAGCCUGACCCACCACACGAGUCUCCCAUUACAAUGGUUCGAGCUCCUCAUGCUCUCCCGCCCAGAUUCCUUCACUCCCUACUCCCGCAAGUGGCUGCAGUGCUACGACUGGUGGGUCAUCCAGACGCUCUAUGCGAAGUUUCGGGGUGUGGCUGAUGCCAAACUAUCCACUUGGUCAGGAGAGCCGGAGACCGCGAGCGUGUACCCCUUGUGGUGCUUGGCGAAUCACAGUUGUGAGCCGGGAGUGACUUGGGAAGGCGGUGGUGUCAGGAGGCUGCGUGUCAGGGAGGAGAAGGUGGUUGCGGCGGGGGACGAGGCAACGGACGCGCAAUGGAUUGGGGUGAAGAAAGACGAGGAGGUGUGGAACCACUAUACCGAUGUGCGGGAGAAGGACUAUCGCGUGAGGAGGAGCAGGCUGCGCGAAGUGCUGGGUGGAGAUUGUUGCUGUAGUCGCUGCUUGCGAGAGGAAGCUGCUGCGAAGGUCAACGGUCACUGA